UGUGAGAAGGUUGGUUGAGGUGUUGGUGGUGUAGCUAUGUUUGACAUCAUUUAUUAUUCCGAUGGUCACAUUUUUCUCUAAAUCCAUCAACUGAAACACCAAUAUAGAAUCAGAAGUGGACAUAUGCAAAUGAACGUAACAAAAUGCUACAUAUUAUUAAAACUUGUUAAUAAUAAAUAAUAACGUGUGGUGUAGGUGUGUGUAAAGUGCCAAGUGGAUUAAUUAUAUCUCUUGAAUAUACGUACAACAGACAGGAGAACGGCUGAAGGUGAACAUGAUGCCGCAACAACAGGACACAAUAAUGGUAGCAAAUCCUCAGAACUGCGUGGCGCGCGCCUUGUACGAUAACAUUGCAGAGUCACCGGAUGAGCUGGCUUUCAGGAAGGGAGAUGUUCUCACAGUGCUGGAGCAGAACACGGGUGGCAUAGAGGGAUGGUGGCUGUGCUCCCUGCGGGGGAGACAGGGUAUCUGCCCUGGGAACAGACUGCGCCUCCUGGCAGGAGUAUACGACACGGGGCAACUUCUGGCCGACAGCCCAGAGCUUUUGGAGCUAAACACUUUGCAGCGGCAGGGGAAACGGCGCAGCUGGCAUGUCCAGCCUAACAAGGUUCUAACACCUCAGAAAUUUGGUGAUGUAUACUUAUAUGAUUUACCACCAAACAGGAAUAUUUCAAAUCAAGGCAGAUAUGAUGUGCCACCUACAGCACACAUAUCUGUAGUUGAUGGAAAUCAAGGUCGAUACUCAGUCCCUCCAUCACGUUCGUCUGGGUCUAGUGAUCCUCCAAUAGACACCAGUGGAGGAAGUGAAUCAUAUGACAUUCCUCCUCGAGCCAAUCCGGUAGCUGCCAACUAUGACACACCAAGAUCAUGCUGGCGCACUUCUCCUGCCCCGCCUGGCUGUCGGGACUCGAUUGACAGUUAUGAUGUCCCACGGCCAUUGGGCACUGCACUAGCCGGUGGGAAUGUGUUGCUGCUACAGCAGCAGCAGCAGCAGCAGCAGCAGCUAACCCCAAGCAGCUCUGCCAGUUCACUCACCGCAGACUCCGUGUCCAGUUCCAAUAGGUCCAGUCUUGCGCUUGCACCAGAGUAUGAUGUACCACGGCCUACAAGAGGUGGACCCCAACUACAGCUUCAGCAGCUACAGCAGCAGUUGUAUGAUGUGCCAGCAUCAAACCCCACUCCACGUGAACUUCCACUGGAACUUAAUUCAGCCCUUGAUUCUUUGGCUCGGCUCCAAAGCGAAGCCACUGCUGCUAUCUCCAGGCUGCUAGCUUAUGCAGGACCUCAGUGGCGCUGUAAGGAAAGACUUGAACCAAAAUUAAUGGACAUCAAAUUGGCUGUGGUAAGGCUUCGUACCUCUUUGCAUGACCUUGCUGAAUUUGGAGAAGGAUCACUAGGAAAUGCAGCAAAGGCUCCAGACAAAGGGCUAGCAGUCAAGUUACGGCCUUUAAUAAAGGCGCUAAGAGAUGCAGAUAGGCUUGUUCAGGAGGCAGCUGCAACACUAGAUAGCUUGGAGUGGUCAGUUGAUACUCUGUCUCAUCCAGAUGAUGAGCAAGCAGAAGGGAAACAAAUGACACCCCAACCACCUGAUGCUCUUGAUCAACUUGUUGCAUGUGCAAGGGCACUAACAGAAGACGUACGGCAAACAGCAUCUUUCAUCCAAGGCAACUCUACACUUCUCUUCAAACGGGCUUCUACGCCUCCUGGAAACAACGGUGAAUGGCUUGAGGACUAUGAUUAUGUCAAUCUGGAAUCCAGAGAAAGCGUGGCACAGCAGCAUGCAGAGAUUCGUGAUGCUCUUCCUGCAGAACUUCGAAAAUCCUAUGAUGUACUGGUGAAAGAGGCAGAAUCAGCAGCUGUUAUAAGUGAACCUAAAGCAGCAUCAGGUGAUGAACUCGAUCCAAAUGAUCGCCAGGUCUUGACUUUCUAUGCUGCACAAACAGUAACUUACACCACACACUUAACACAUGCUAUUGAUGCAUUCCUUCAAACUGUUGAACACAAUCAGCCUCCUAAAGUAUUCCUUGCACACAGUAAGUUUGUAGUUUUGAGUGCACACAGACUAGUCCACAUUGGUGACACAGUGCACCGUAAUGUCAUGCGGCCUGAAGUAAGGGCGAGAGUACUACAGUGUGCCAAUGCCUUGUCAGAGGCUCUGGCAGCUACAGUACACAAGACCAAGAAAGCAGCACUUCAGUUUCCGAGUGUUACUGCCGUACAGGAAAUGGUGGACUCUGUUGUAGACAUUUCUCAUCUUGCGAGAGACCUAAAGCUGAGUAUGGUUCAAGCUGCGCAGCAGCCCAGUGUUGUGCAGUAGAAAACAGCAGAGCAUGUGUGUGUGUAUGUGUCUACUUAACAUCGAUUUUAAUGCCUAACUAGUAUAGAAAACCUGUACAUUCCACAAGAAACUGCCAUAUUUAGUGAAACUAAAAGCUAACACAUUGCCAUGAAAAAUGAGUAGUGCAUUUUGCAUAUGAUGUGAUGCCAGUCUUUUGUGUAACUGAGAAGAAAGCGCUUGCUUUCCAGCUCAGUAUUCAAAUGAUUGAUUCACUAUAGACCUACAUAAAGGUACAUAGUACUUUUAUUGAUUCAUGUGCAUGCUCUUUGUUAUGAUCAAAACAUGCAGAUAUGGAAAACAAUCUUGCAGACAGUUUCCUUUCUUGCUUCUGUUCAUAUUGAUUUUAUAAUACCUUUGCUGAUGUUAAGACAUUCACUCUGAAACUCAAUGUCAGUUGACAUUACGGGAGGCUUUAAUCUGUCAGCUUCAACAGAAGUUGAUUUAGCACACUUCUCUUUAUAGCUUGUAUUAAAUUGUGAUGGGUUACAUCAUCAAUGAAUAUAGGUUGCUUGACGUAUGAGAGCUCGUGUGUGAAACAUGGCAAUUGUAUGAUGCAACAGCUGAUCCCUAGCACACAGUACUACUACCUUUGUGAUUUGUGAGUUCUAACAAAGUGCAGUCAUGGCAGCAGAAAGAUUUUAGGAACACUUAAGAAAAGAAAAAAUUGUGGAAAUUGGAAAUGACUGUGAUUCUGAUAAUGGUUUUGAACUUAAAUUAGGGCUAAUCAUAAGAGGACAAUGAAGAAAUUCCAGAAUUAUCAGAUUAUUCAAGUCAGUCAGGAUAUUUUUUUAAAAGAGAUUAGAUCAAUAUUUCACCUUUUAUCACCAAUUCUCUAAAGGUUUGGCCACACAGAGCGCUAGGUACGCAAUGCACGCUAUGUACACUAUGUUCACUAUACGAACAGAAAAAUAUCUCCCUUUAUUGCCAAUGUGACUGGCCACACAGACUUCUGUAUGCUAUGUUCCCUAUGUUAGCUGCGUUGCAGAGUGUACACAACGUACGUAGCAAACAUAGUGUAGCACUCUGUGUGGCCAAACCUUA